CAUGCUUUCGCCAUCAUUUGAUAAUUUUAACCAUAAUCAGCACUUAACAAUGCUUAGUUCUACCAUGUUUUCCCCGAUUCUGUGUAUAAAACCUAUUAAGCUCGACGAUACCACAACUCAGAGUAACUCGACCAUAAUCGUUAAACCUCCAUUGACAACUGUUAACUCAACAAUAAUCUUUAAACAGCCGUUGUCAACUAUCAAGAAGAAGAACACGAUAUUUACUUAUCAAGGGCCUUUAAAGGAUAUCGAGAAUAUUCAAGAAAAUGGUGGAGUAAGUCCCAAUGUUAGGUUGACCAGGACGGCGCUUAAGAAAAAAUCGUUCGCUCUAAAUCAUUACAAACCCGAAAUGUUGGGAGAUGGGAGAGGCUCCGUUAUUAAAAAAUUGAGGUUGCGCGAAAAUGAUGAUAUUGUUGACGGAGUUGUUGAUUUAGAAGUACGCGAUCCUUUACCCACCGGGGCUUCCCAAAGGGAUAAUAAUUUUGGGGCUGCUCAAGGAAAUGAUAUUAUUUAUUUACAUAAACCGAAAAAAUUUUACGAUAUCAAAAAUAAAUUAAAGACGGUAUCAAACGCCCCGCAUGGAACUUUACUGAACGAGGAUAUGAAUCUCAAGGACGCACAUCCUACUCCAUCUAAAGAUAUCAUGAUUCCUCAUGGUAUAGUAAAACAAAGCAAAGCCAGCUUACUGAGAUGGGCUUGCUCGCCAAAAAGAACAGACCCAACUCAAGGUUACCACGCAAAAUGCACCCCUUCCCCUACCAGCUCUUCCUCGCAACAUAAAAGCAUCCCGAAAUCCAAUAUCAUACUUAAUAAUAUAAGAAAAGCGCCAUACUUAGGGGGUCAGAAGCGUGUCGCGGGAAACCGAGUCUCCCGAAAUUAUAAUUUGAGGAAAGUGCGGCGAAAAUAAUCACCAUUUUUUUACGAUAAUUUUGUGUUUUAUA